AAAUGUCAAAGUUGCCUGGCAGCAGGCGAUGUGCAUUGCUCGUCCUCGGCCAGCGAUGCACUCAGACUGUCCUCCCGGCAGUUCUCCUUCACGGCCAGCUUUGUGGAGAUUUACAACGAGUGCCUGCGCGACCUGCUCUACGCGGACAAGGCCAGCAAGAGGCCAGAACACGAAAUACGCAAGUCGACCGGCAACAAGAUGACCAUCACCAACCUCACCUACCAGAAGGUCUCCAAUGAGGACCAGGUCCUGUGCUUGAUCGCCUUGGCCAACCAGAACCGCUCCACGGCCCAGACGACCCAAAACGACCGCUCCUCCCGCUCGCAUUCUGUCUUCCAGCUCGACAUUGAGGGCGUCAACGUGGGCAGGGAUGUCAAAAGCAGCUCCACCCUGUGUCUGGUGGACCUAGCAGGGAGUGAGCGGAUGGUGAAGAGUCAGUCUCAGGGCGAGCGCUUCAAAGAGAUGACCGCCAUCAACAGCUCCCUGUCCAACCUGGGCAUCGUCAUCACCGCACUGGCCAACAAGGAUACUUUCAUUCCUUACAGGAACUCAAAGCUCACCUACCUGUUGCAGGGCUGCCUGGGCGGGAACAGCAAAACUCUGAUGUUCGUCAACAUUGCUCCAGAGCCGGACAGCUUUGGGGAAACGCUCAAUUCUUUGAGAUUCGCCAGCAAGGUCAACGACUGCGUGAUCGGCACCGCCAGCGCCAACCGGAAGUAGAAAAAAUGGUCGCUGCCCCUACUCUUGGGGACAAAGACAUGUUUUUAUUUUUUUUCCUUUUAAUCAAAUAAAAGUAACCUUCGGCCAAGGUAUCGUGACUGAUUGAUGCCCGGCCAUAUCAUUGUAUUCACAAAUAGUUUUUAUAAUCCCAUUUUUAAAAGACUUUCUGAGUCCUUUUUAAUUAAGGUGGUCGCUUCAUAUUUCAGCAAAACAUCUUGGAUAUUUGGUUGAUAAUAAAAUACAUUACACACCCUU